CUAGCCAAACACACGUAGAGAGAGAAUGGGAGAAACCGAGAGGCAGCGUCGCCAUCCCACCUUCUGCGGUACCACAGCCACGGUGGAGCUGUAGCGGAGUCACGGCGGAGAUGUGGUGGUCGCGGCACCGCCAAAAUCCAAAUCGAAAGCUCGCAGCGUUAUCUACUUCGUCAACCACAACCCAAGCGAUGGUUUUCAUCUGAGAUUAGGGCUCCAACAGGUACCUUUAACAAACUGGGUUUCUAAUUUUAGUUAACUUUAGGUUUAUGUUAUUGUUUUCAGAUUUGAGUGUUCUUCUUCGGCUCCUAUUUGGGUGGAGCAACUUUAAUGUGUUCAUAUAAUUCAAUUCGAAAGUUGUUGCGAAUGUGUACGAUUUGUAAAACUGAUGCAGAAUCAAUAGAAGUUAAUAUAUUCAAACUAUGUAUGUAAAAGAAAUUGACAAUGUUAUUAUUUUGCUGAAGAUGAACUCCAAGAACUAAUUGGAGUUUGGUCCAUAUUCAUCAAAACGAACAACCCACCUGCUUAAAAGCCUAACUUUUUUUACUUUUGAGCUCUUUUUUUUGAAGUAUAUGUUUUAUGAUAAGGUUAAUGAGGUGUACCCUACAAUAUUUCCUGUGACAAAUGAUGGUAUAACUUUAUGGUGUACUUUCAGAUUCUACAAGAUAACCAAUUAAGAGGCUAUAUGCUUUAGCAAUACAAUCUGGGCAACUUUCAACCGGUUUAACCGAUUUCUUUUUUGAGCUAUUUCUUUUUAAACUUCCUGAUUAGUCAUAUACCUUUAAAAUGAAGACGAGAGCGGAGCUGGAGGAGAUUGCUAUUUCUGAAGCAGAUGUUGCUCGGUUGAAGCAAAAAGUUGCGAAAUUGCAUCAACAACGCCACCAUCAUCUCCAUGGCUACCUUUCUGAUGCUUCUGAUGGACACCAACAUCUCCAUAACUAUAAUUCUCAUCACUGAGUUAUUUUUCUUAAUAGAAUGCUUAGUUUUACGAUGGAACAUAUCAACUUUUUGGAGGCGUUUUAGCGUUUGGAUGUGCUUUAAGAGAGUGAUUAUGUCAUUUAAUUAAUCAUAACUGGAAAAUCAACUGCAGUAAAUCUGUUAUAAGAUAGAGUGUUUUGACCUUUGUUGAUGUUUUUUUGGAUUUCAACUUACUGAUGUACUCAUUGUAAUAUUUGAUGGGAGAGUUUUUCAACAAGAUUUUGAUUCUACAAUUGUUUAUAUCAACCAUGAACGAAAACAAAGAUCAGAGGUGACAAGCGAAACUGGGUCAAAAGUCAUCCGAAGUGUAGUCAAAUACUAAACCCCCAAAAACGAAUCCGUGAUACAAUCUGAAAAUCACUCUCAGAGUUCAGCAGCUGGAUGUCAAGUGCGAGACUAAAACAAAGGUAAUUAAUUACCUAACUCCUCCUCUUUAACUUGUCAUAUUCAUUUUUUACUUUUUUUGGGGGCAUGGGUUUUGCUUUUAUAGGAUAAUGUGUUCGUCAAUGUUGUCGCUUCCAUACAAUACCGGGCUCUCGCUAAUAAAGCAAGCGAUGCUUUCUAUAAGCUCAGCAACACCAGGUCCUAAAUCCAAGCCUAUGUGUUUGAUGUCAUAAGAGCUUUUGUUCCAAAGCUGAAUCUCGAUGACACUUUUGAGCGAAAGAAUGAAAUUGCAAAAGCCGUUGAAGAAGAACUUGAAAAGGCGAUGUCUGCAUAUGGAUACGAGAUAGUUCAGACAUUGAUCGUUGAUAUAGAACCCGAUGAGCAUGUUAAGAGGGCAAUGAAUGAGAUCAAUGCGGCUGCAAGGUUGCGGAUGGCAGCUACUGAGAAGGCGGAAGCUGAGAAAAUUCUGCAAAUCAAGAGAGCCGAGGGGGAAGUGGAGUCCAAAUACCUGUCGGGUUUGGGUAUAGCCCGUCAACGGCAAGCCAUUGUGGACGAAACCAUUCAACAUUGAUUGACCUAGGUGGAAUAUAACAAACAACUGGCGCAACGCAGCAGGGUCAGGAUAUUGAAUGGGUGACUGUGGUGCUUACGCACCCGAAACCAUCCAAUGAUGAUUGGAUUGGAGUAUUUUCUCCUGCUAGAUUCAAUGCAUCAACUUGUUACUAUGAGACUGCUGAUUCUAUGCAGCAGGUUCCAUACAUAUGCACUGCUCCAAUAAAGUACGCAUUUGCAAAUUACUCGAAUCCCGGAUACGCAAAAACAGGCAAAAGUACGUUAAAACUACAGAUAAUCAAUCAACGAGCUGAUUUCUCGUUUGCCUUAUUUUCCGGUGGAUUAUCAAAUCCAAAAUUAGUGGCAUAUUCAAACUUCAUUUCAUUUGCAAAUCCGAAAGCACCCCUUUAUCCACGCCUCGCUCUAGGAAAAUCUUGGAAUGAAAUGACUGUGACAUGGACAAGUGGCUACAACAUAAACGAAGCAACGCCUGUUGUCUCGUGGGGAGUCAUUGGUGAACGAGCUAUGCUUUCUCCUGCGGGAACACGAACAUUUCAUCAAAAUAGCAUGUGCGAUUCACCUGCAAGGACAGUUGGCUGGCGUGAUCCCGGUUUCAUACAUACAAGUUUCUUAAACAAUUUGUGGCCUAACACCAAGUAUUUUUACAAAAUGGGACAUAAGUUAGCUAACGGUACAUACAUUUGGAGCAAGAAGAAAUAUUCAUUUACGUCGCCUCCUUACCCAGGACAGGAAUCGUUACAACGUGUUGUUAUAUUCGGUGACUUGGGGAAGGCAGAACGUGACGGAUCCAAUGAGUACAUGGAUUACCAACCCGGUUCUCUUAACACGACUGACCAGCUGAUUAAAGACAUUAAUAACAUAGACGCUGUAUUCCACAUAGGAGAUAUAGUUUAUUCGAACGGGUACAUUUCACAAUGGGACCAAUUUACGUCACAAGUGGAACCCAUCGCAUCCGUUGUGCCAUAUAUGGUUGCAAGUGGUAACCAUGAACGCGACGUGCCUGGAAGUGGAUCGUUUUAUGACGGUAAUGACUCGGGUGGCGAAUGCGGUGUCCCAGCUGAGACAACGUUUUAUGUUCCUGCUGAAAAUAGAGCUAAAUUCUGGUAUUCAGCUGAUUAUGGAAUGUUUCGUUUCUGCGUAGCGGACACCGAGCAUGAUUGGAGAGAAGGCAGUGAACAGCACGCGUUUAUCGAGAAAUGUCUCGCAUCAGUAGACAGGAAAAACCAACCGUGGCUAAUAUUUGCUGCUCACCGUGUGCUCGGUUACUCGUCAGAUUAUUAUUAUGCAUUGGCGGGCUCGUUUGCAGAGCCCGAAGGAAGAGAGAGUUUGCAGAAGCUAUGGCAGAAAUACAAAGUGGACAUUGCAUUUUACGGUCAUGUCCAUAACUAUGAACGAUCUUGCCCGGUUUAUGAGGAACAAUGUGUGAACUCUGAGAAAUCUCACUAUUCUGGUACGGUGAACGGGACAAUCCAUGUUGUGGUGGGUGGGGCGGGGGCCCACUUGUCGAAAUUUAGUGAGAUUAAUACGACUUGGAGCUUAUAUAAGGAUCUUGAUCACGGGUUUGUGAAAAUGACUGCAUUUAACCAAUCAUCACUCCUGUUUGAGUACAAGAAGAGCAGAGAUGGGAAGGUGUAUGAUUCAUUCACCAUCUCAAGAGACUACAAAGAUGUGUUGGCAUGUGUACAUGAUGGGUGUGAGCCUACCCUUUUUUAAAUGUUGGUAAAAUGUUUCUGUUUUUAUUAUGAAUCAACCUUUUUUUUUAACUGUUGUCUUUUGAUUGUCCUUUUGUCCAUAAACCAAUGCCAAAAUAAUGAGAAAAUGUUUUUUUUUUCUUGUAUC